UGUGGGGUACUCCCGGGUUCAGGGUGUCGCGGUCUAGCGUGUGCACAUCCUUUAAAGAGGCGAUUGUCGCCUGAUGACACCGCAGUUGGAUUCCUCCCAAGCCUACUUGCUGCGUGAGCGGCAAUUGAUCCAUUGCUUCUGUGCCGAGUGGUACAUAGUGUGCCGUGGGAACAAUGUAAAGAAGCGACUAGGGACGCGAAGGAGAUCAUCAGAGCGCGUGCUUGACAUCUUUUUGAGAGCUUGGGGUGUGGGGAGUAACCAUGACCACUUAUGGUUGUGCAGAGGGGGACCUAGCCACCAUCCAGGGGUUUCUGGGUGCUGCAGGGAAUUCCACCGGCUUGAGCGAGUUUCUUUGCACAAAGCUCGAUGGCAUCGAUGCGCGCCUCGGGUUCACGGCACUGGCUGUCGACAACACGUACCUUCUGUUUUCCACCUACUUGGUGUUUGCUAUGCAGCUGGGUUUCGCCAUGUUGUGUGCUGGUUCGGUGCGGGCUAAGAAUACGAUGAACAUCAUGCUCACUAAUGUGCUGGACGCUGCUUGCGGUGGCAUCUCAUAUUACGUGUUCGGAUUCGCCUUCGCUUUCGGAGUGGGCGGGAAGGCCAAUGGCUUCAUCGGUCAUGCCAACUGGGGUCUCAAGAAUGUCCCCAACGCCAGCUUCGAUUACAGCUUUUUCUUGUUUCAGUGGGCGUUCGCGAUCGCUGCCGCGGGAAUCACAUCCGGGUCGAUUGCGGAGCGCACGCAAUUCGUAGCGUACCUGGUGUAUUCGUCGGUGCUGACUGGAUUUGUGUACCCGAUUGUGUCUCACUGGCUGUGGUCGACGGAUGGUUGGCUGUCGGCGACGAAGAGUAUGGGUCCCGGCGGGCUGUUGUUCGGGAGCGGUGCGAUCGACUUCGCUGGUAGUGGUGUGGUGCACAUGGUGGGAGGGCUGGCUGGGUUCUGGGGCGCUCUUAUUGAAGGCCCCCGCAUGGGCAGAUUCGACAAGUCUGGAAACUCAUUGAACUUUCGCGGUCACAGUGCGACGUUGGUUGUGUUGGGGACGUUCCUGUUGUGGUUCGGAUGGUACGGAUUCAACCCGGGGAGCUUUCUGAAGAUUUUGGUGCCAUACGAGGGAGUGAAGGGCAACUGGAGCGGAGUUGGGAGGACUGCAGUGACGACGACGUUGGCGGGAUCGACAGCGGGAGUGACAACAUUAUUCGGGAAGAGGUUGUUGGAUGGGCACUGGAACGUGCUGGAUGUGUGCAACGGGGUGUUGGGAGGGUUUGCGGCGAUCACAGCAUCAUGCGCCGUGGUGUCUCCAUGGGCGAGUAUCAUCUGCGGGUUUGGAGCUGCAUGGGUGCUGAUCGGAUUGAACAAGCUCGCAGCUCGUUUUCACUACGAUGAUCCCCUUGAAGCUGCUCAGCUUCAUGCCGGUUGCGGAGCAUGGGGUCUACUGUUCGUGGGACUUUUCGCUGAGAAGAAUUACGUCCAGCAAAUUUAUGGUGGCGACCCCGAAAGACCUUACGGUCUGUUCAUGGGAGGAGGUGGGAAGCUGCUUGCUGCCCAGAUCGUCGAGAUCCUUGCUAUCACUGGAUGGGUAUCUGUCACCAUGGGUCUUCUGUUCCUCGGCCUUCAAAAGUUCAAGCUGCUCCGUAUUUCUCCAGAAGACGAGGUUGCAGGUAUGGAUUUGACAAGGCACGGAGGAACGGCAUACAUUCAUCAGGAUGGUUCGGAGCACAUCAUGCACAUGAGUACCAUCAAUGGUGAUAAGAGGUCUCUCAACAACCAGGGUCCAAUAUAAUUUACUUUCUUCUUCUCUAUUUGUGUGCGUAGCUUACAGUUUGAAAAUUCGCUUCAUAUGAGCGCAAAAAGGCUCCAUAGAAGUCGUAAUCUGCAUGGGAGGGGGUGUUCGUGGCACGACCGAUAACAUCGUGAGGUAGAUUGGUGAUAAACUUUGAGGUAGCCGGGUCAUGUAGCUGAGUAAUUGGAUUUGGUGGCUACGGAGAUGCGUUCCCGUCAACUAUGCAGGACGACUUCAUAGGGAGGUGACCAGUGAGGUUGUGAGGCUUGCUUAGGAGAGUGUUCUUUUGAGACUUAUCUUAAGUUGGUGACAAACCGUUGAAGUGGAGUGUGCCUUGUGAGAUGCAAAUCAGGCAUGGGCUGCUGCUGUGUAUUUGCCCUUCCUGGUUGUAUAAUAAAUAUGCCGCUAUUCGUUCUGCAGAA